UCAGCUCGCAGUCAGUUAUCGCGUUUCAUUGGAGCUGUUCGGUUCAGUUUAGCUCAGCAAUAGCCAACGUCUUCGUGGUCUUCAUUGUGGCCGAUAGUGAUUAGCUUGAGUGCGCGCGUCUUAAUCCCAAAAACCGACAAAACAAAAUACCUAGACAUCGGCAGGCGUUUAAAGCAGACAAAACAUCGUACACAAAGGCAAAAGAGUGCGGCCGAGACGCUUGGAGUCGCAUUGAGUAGCGUUGAGUUGAACAAUUCGAAACGAUUCUGCUGUGUAUUACGUUCGGAAAGUGGUUCAGUCAGUGAUCUUUGUCGGUUAGCGCUAGACGUACACGCGGAAGCUCGAAAACUCGCAGACAAACCAUAAAUCAAAAAAAAAAAUCUUACAACGAACUAAAAUUUUUCUCUACCAACAACAACUCAUAUUUGUAUUUCAUUGUAGGAAUACAAAUUUGAGUUUUUUGCCGCAAUAACCGUGAAAUAGAAAAGAAACAACAACAAUAACAAUACAGUUCGAUCAUUUUGAGCUUCUCGCAGUCGGAGUGUUAGUCGGUCAGUCGUCAAGUGAACGCGUGCAAAAUGUCGACAAAGAAGAAUGGCAAUGCCGUAACGGAAUUCCAAUUCCCUCAACCUAAGGAGAAGAAGACCUGCAUGGAAAUAAUCUACAAUAGCAAGGAUGGCACCUAUUUCGGACGCACACCCAAAAAUUGGGGUCAACUAAUGCUCUUCUACACCAUUUUUUACAUCGUACUUGCUGGUUUGUUUGCUAUCUGCAUGCAGGGUCUAUUCGCCUCGUUGAGCGACAAGGAACCAACUUGGAAGUUGGAACGUUCACUAAUCGGUACGAAUCCCGGUUUAGGCUUUCGCCCACUGAGCGAGGAAACCGAACGCGGUUCGGUGAUACAAUUCGACACAAAGAAGCCCGAGGAAGGACGCUAUUGGACGAGUUUGGUUGAUCAAUUUCUACAAAAAUACCGCAGCAGUGGCGAGAGGAAAUUCUGCCGCUUCAAUCAGACACAUAACGCCAAUCAGGUUUGUGUUGUCGAUGUGAACAGUUUUGGUCCAUGCUCACGCGAGAAUGGCUAUGGUUAUCAGAAUGGACGUCCAUGCAUUUUCCUGAAAUUGAAUAAGAUCUUCAAUUGGCAGCCAAAAUUCUUUGAUAACCCAAAGGAACUGGAUAAAGAAAUGCCUGUUGAUUUGAGGGAUCAUAUCGGAAAUUUAACCGAUGUAGAGCGUCAACAAGUUUGGGUAUCGUGCAACGGUCUGCAUGCCGUCGAUAAGGAGAGCGUGGGCGAAAUGAAAUUCUAUCCAGGUCGUGGCUUCCCCGCCUUCUACUACCCAUACCUUAACCAGCCAGGCUACCUCAGCCCACUGAUCGCUGUACAAUUCGAAAAGCUGAAACAAAAUCAAUUAGUGAACAUUGAGUGCCGCGCUUGGGCCAAGAAUAUCCAAUACAGCGGCAGUUUGAAUGCACGAACCGGUUCGGUAACUUUCCAGCUGUUCGUCGAUUAGACGACAACGCGCAGUUCAGCAACAGCAACAGCAACAGUAAAAAGCUACAAAGAGAAACGCAAAUAAUUAUUUGUACGCAACACAGCGACUUAGGAAAUGAACUCGUAAAAGCAAAAAAACACGAAAUGAAAGAGAGCAGAAAAAGCAAAUACUUACAUACGUAAAACAAAAAAAAAAAAACAAGGAAAUAUUUUUUAAUGUAAUUAUGGCGCAUGUAACGCUUAUCAUUUAUCUUAUUGAUAAGAAUUUUGCGCUAUAGCCUUUACAAUUACUAUCUGGAAUAAGCGAAUGCAAGGAAAAGCGGGAAUUUUUAUGAGUCGCACGAGUUGUUGUUGAAGCGAAAUUAAAGUAAAUAUUAAAGCGUUUAAAAAAGCUGAGAUAUCAAAUUUAUUUGUAAACGAGAACGUUUGAAGGAGUGGAAUGUGGUAAACGAAUGUUUUUUUUCUUGUUUUUUUUUCAUAAUUUUAAAUUGAAUUCAAGCGUAUUGAGAAAAAUGUAAAAUGUAGCUAUUGAAAAACUUAAGUAAAAAACGAAAUAAUGUAAUUUUUGCAUAAGUGUUGGUGAGUGGCAAAAGAAAAAAAAACAACAACAAAUGAGUAACAAUAAAAAUUGUUUAUUUGUAGUGAAAAGCGCAAAAACAAAAGUGGAAAAAAAUAAUAGCUGCAACAACAAAAUCAAAAUGUAUACACACAUACACACCCACACACACACACAUGUGCAUAUAUAUACGAUGGAGGUAUUUCAUUGCAAUGUACGCAAUUCGAAGAUAUUUUUUUAUAAGUUUACAAAUUUUACAACAGCAAAAAUUUUAUUAAAACUCGCGAAUGUAUUCAAAUGGAAAUUGCAAAAAUGUGCACACGUAUAGUAUAUACAUACAAAUAUAUAUAUAUAAAAAGAAAAAUGCAGUUAUCAGUAGCGAAAUAUGUAACGGAACACACGCAGCUGCAUGCUUUGUGUAUGCUUGUAUGCAUUUAUAAGAUACAUACCAACCGCAUACACACACCAACACAAAACACUCACACACACACACACAUAAUAAACAAAAGCAAACACCAACAGCAGUGAGAGGCUGCUUAUGAGUAUAUUAAAUUUUUAACUAUUAGUUUUUCUUAUUUUUUGUUGCUUUGCUAAGUUAAAAAUCUAAAAAUCUUACUUUCUAAGCUGAAUUAUGAGUAUUUAUGUAUGUAUGUAAAAAGUGUAAAUUAAAACAUAAACACAAAAAAUUUGUUUUUCUUUUUUUUUUGCUUUGUGAUGUUAAAUAUAUAUUAUAACCCUUUUCAAAAUUGAACUUAAAAUUUUUUAAAUUGUUUUCUGCUUCUUGUUUUCGGGAAAAUAUUUGCCAGCUGGUUACUUAAACCGUUGAUGCAAACUGUAAUGAAUUCGAUUAAAAUAUUGCACAGUAUUUUGUGUUGCUGUUGUUUUCUUGAACCAAAUUCGUUUUCUACCUUAAUCGUUUUUCAAUUCAUUCUGCAACACUGCUUAAUUUACUGUUAGUUUUACUGUUAAGUAGCUUUUAAAUGGCAUUAAUUUUGGGGCUUUCGAUUAUGAUUUGAUUUGAUCUCGAAAGCCUUUCAAUUGUUUUCCGUGCAUCUGGCAACACCAACAUACAAUACACAAGAGUUGAUUAACAUAGUAAGUGCAUUUAGCACAAUUAAUAAGCGAUAGAGAAAAAUUUACUGCAUAUUGUUCAAUCAAGCAUACAUACAAAUAAAAUAAAGUAAAAUAAAUAUAUAGGCUUACAAUAUUUGAAUUAAUUAAGUAAAAUAUUUAUUUAGUUAUUUCAAAAAUUUGAAAAAUUACAAUUCAUGUUAUUUGUACAAUAUCGUAAAAAUAAAAUUUUAAAACCUGAAAACCUACAGGA